CCGCAGGGAGGAGGGGGCAACGUUCAACAACUCCGCGGGGUCUUCCUUUCUUGCGUCCGCAGAGCUCGGGGUUCGGUCUCCGCUUCGCUGAGAGGCCUCGGUGCUCCACCACAGCCUCCGCCGCGCUGUGGCCUGCACAGGCCGCGGGAGCCGUAGAGAGGACGCCAGGUCACCCCGGAAGCCAGGAAAUGGACUCAGUGGCCUCUGAGGAUGUGGCUGUGAACUUCACCCUGGAGGAGUGGGCUUUGUUGGAUCCUUCCCAGAAGAAACUCUACAGAGAUGUGAUGCGAGAAACCUUUAGAAACCUGGCCUGUAUAGGAAAAAAAUGGGAAGACCAGAACAUUGAAGAUUGGUACAAAAAUCAGGGGAGACUUCUAAGCAAUCAUAUGGUAGAGAGACUCUGUGAACGUGAUCAAUGUGAAGAAACCUUCAGCCAGAUUCUAAAUCUUAAUCUGGACAAGAAAAUUCCUAGUGUUGUAAAACCUUGGGAAUGUAGUUUGUGUGGGAAAGUCUUCAUGCAUCAUUCAUCCCUUAGUAGGCACAUCAGAUCUCACGCUGGACACAAACCAUAUGAGUACCAGGAAUAUGGAGAAAAACCAUAUAAAUGUAAGCAAUGUGGGAAAGCCUUCAGUUCUUGUCAGUCUUUUCGAAGACAUGAAAGAACUCACACCGGUGAGAAACCCUAUGAAUGUAAGGAAUGUGGAAAAGCCUUCAUCUCUAUUCCAAGUGUUCGGAGACACAUGAUUAGGCACACUGGAGAGGGACCUUAUAAAUGUCAGGAAUGUGGGAAAGCCUUUGAUCGUCCCAGUUUAUUUCAAAUACAUGAAAGAACUCACACUGGAGAGAAACCUUAUGAAUGUAAGGAAUGUGGGAAAGCCUUUAUUUCUCUCCCAAGUUUUCAAAGACACAUGAUUAGGCACACUGGAGAUGGACCUUAUAAAUGCCAGCAAUGUGGGAAGGCCUUCGACCGUCCCAGUUUAUUUAGAAUACAUGAAAGAACUCACACUGGAGAGAAACCCCAUGAAUGUACGCAAUGUGGGAAAGCGUUCAUUUCUCUCACAAAUUUUCAAAGUCACAUGAUUAGGCACACUGGAGAUGGACCUUAUAAAUGUAAGGUAUGUGGGAGAGCCUUCAUUUUUCCCAGUUAUGUUCGAAAACAUGAAAGAACUCAUACUGGGGAGAAACCCUAUGAAUGUAAUAAAUGUGGCAAAACCUUCAGUUCUUCCAGUAAUGUUCGAACACAUGAAAGGACUCACACUGGUGAGAAACCCUAUGAAUGUAAGGAAUGUGGAAAGGCCUUCAUUUCUCUCCCAAGUGUCCGAAGACAUAUGAUUAGCCAUACUGGAGAUGGACCUUAUAAGUGUACGAUAUGUGGUAGAGCCUUUGACUGUCCUAGUUCAUUUCAAAUACAUGAAAGAACUCACACUGGAGAGAAACCCUACGUUUGUAAGGAAUGUGGAAAAGCCUUCAUUUCUCUCAAAAGGAUUCGAAAGCAUAUGAUACUGCACACUGGAGAUGGACCUUAUAAGUGUACGGUAUGUGGUAAAGCCUUUGACUGUCCUAGUUCUGUUCGAACACAUGAAAGAACUCAUACUGGAGAGAAACCGUAUGUGUGUAAAGAAUGUGGGAAAGCAUUCAAUUAUGCCAGUUCCAUUCGAAUACAUGAAAGAACUCAUACUGGAGAAAAGCCCUAUGAAUGUAAGAAAUGUGGGAAAACAUUCAGUUACUCCAGUUCCUUUCAAAGACACGAAAGAGGUCAUAGUGAAGAUAAACCUUAUGUUAGGCAUGUGGGAAAUCUUUCAUUUGUCACACAACCAUCAAGUACACAUGAGAAUACAUAGUGAAAGAGAACUACAAGUGUAAAAAAUAUGGAAAGUUUUCAGUUUACCUUCUGGGUUUCAGUCUUGCUUGGGAGUUCACCCCUUCUUCCUGUCUUGUUCUCCCUUUUGGAAUGGGAACAUCUAUCUUAUGCCUGUGUCUCUAUUGUACUUUGGAAGUACACAACUAGUUCAGUUUCACAGGUUUGCAGCUGAAGAAUUUUGCCUCAGCGUGAAUCAGGUCUCGCCCAUAUCUGAUUUAUAUGAUAUUCAGAUGAUCCUUUGGAGUUUAGAUGUUAGAAUUCCUGCUGGAAUUAAUUAAGACUUUUGAGGCCUUUGGGAUGGGAUGAAUGUGUUUUAAAUGUGAGAAGGACAUAAAUUUUGGGGGGCCAGAGGUUGAAUGUUGGAACUGAGUGUACAUGUCUCCCCCAAGUUUAUAUGCCCCCCAUUAUGUGAUUGUAUUCAGAGGAAAUGUCUCUGAUGGUUGUUAGAACUAGAUGAGAUCGUAAGGGUGGAGGCCUCAUAAAUGGGGUUAGUCUCCUGAUAGGAAUCCCUAGAGAGUUAAUUUUGCUCUCCACCAUGAGAGGACACGGUGAGAAGAUAGCCUUCUUUUGAAAUAGGAGACAGGCCUUCACCAGACACCGAAUCUGCCAGUGCCUUGAUGUUGGACUUCCUGGCCUCUCAAACUGUGAGAAAUAAAUG